AUGAUGUCAACGACAGAAGGAGAUUUGGAUGUCGAGGUGACCCAUGAACGGGAGGAAGGCGAGUUGGAGAAUUCUGACGUUGAAGAAGGAACAUACAUACCUCUUGCGCGUCCAGAGGUUUUCAAUCCGCCGUCUCUAGUGAAUAUGCAGAUACAGGAUGAGUUAAGUGAUGAGCCUUCACUAGAGGAGUCAUCAGGCUCCGAAUCCGACGAAGAACCCCGUCGAAGAGCCAAGCGUACUAAAUUACGUUUGCGCCAAACACCUGAGCAGCAGGAACAAGCCACAAAAGGAAAUAAAUAUAAUGUUUGGUGUAAAACAGUCCAGGAAGACUUGCUGACUGAAGAUAUGGUCAGCUGUGAUGUUACAAAGAAAAGUAGAUAUGGUGUUGAAUCUUAUGAUUAUACAAUUAAGUAUAGGCUAAAUGAUAAUUAUGUAUCAAAAAAAGUUUUUAGAAGAGACCAAGAUUAUGUCAAAGGUCAUACAACAAAUAAAAGAAAGCAUACAGACAGAUCAAAUGUGAAGCUUAGACUUGGCAAACGAGUGAACAGCCAUCAGCCACAUGGAGAUAAACAGAAGCCAAGGUAUUUGCCAGAUUUGAUGGUCACAUCAGAAGAUCCUUUUGAGAAUAUUGCAGAGGAGAUUGCUGAAAAGUUGUCAGAAGAGAAAAAGGAGUUAGUGGGGAGAAUUAUUCAAGUAGUUGGUGCCAAUAAAGCUAUAGAAAUAUACAAAGAGACACAAAAGGUAGAAGCUGAUGGUGGAAUGCUUGUCAUGAAUGGCACACGUCGACGGACCCCAGGCGGCAUUUACUUUUUUCUAUUGAAACACGACAGUGAGAUUUCGCAGGCGAUGAUCAAUCAAAUUUUCAAUGAAGAUCGGAAAGAGACGGCACGUAAAAUUAAAAAAUCCCGCUCAAAAAGUCGUCAAAAAGUAAUGGAGCAACUGAAACAGAGCUUAACAGAUUCAGAAUUACCCUCCUUACUGUCACGCGGCGAAGCGACAGUUCAAACAGAACACGGAUCGAAUCCACCGCCAUCGCCUGCUACGGACGCGCGCGAAUGCUCCAGCGACACAGACGGACCCUCGCACACCGAUGCUCCCUCACAAUCCCCCACUAGGCCAAACUCCCCUCUUCCAGAUCGAACGGAUCCCAGACAACUGCAAGACUAUGACGAUGACGAUUUUCUCGAAGUGAUGUGCAAUGAAGAUAUGGAUCUGUUCUAA